CACGAUACAAAACAGAUCAUCAGGUAACCGGCAUGUAUUAGGAUUUGUCUAAAGAUUAUACUCCGAUAUUAGAUAACAUUCCAUUCCUAGUAGACUAAUAAGAGAAGCUUGCAAUUCUUUCGCCACCUUUAUCUCUCAACCUCUCCCGCAUAAUUUACACUACAAUCUCCGAUCCGUCUUCCAAUUCAACUCAAAAACAAAAGAAAACAAUAUAUUCAACCCCAGCCUGUAGAUCUUGAUCGUUUACAUUACACCAUUCACCGGCAGAGACAUGGCCUCAUUUUCAAUGGGGCGUGCUCGCCGCCUUGUCUCUUGCUUCCGCAAAAGAUCUUCGUCUUCACCACCCUCCCCUGACUCCACGUCACAUGACGACAAGGCCAUCGCCAGCAUCUCCAGUGAGGAGGAGCGUAAAGGCGGGGCUGUGCUGGUGGAGCUUUUCUCGUCGCAGGGCUGCGCCACGUCGCCUCAGGCGGAGCUGCUGUUUUCCAGGCUGGGCAGAGGAGACUUUGAGCUGGAGCUGCCGGUGAUUUUGUUGGCGUAUCAUGUGGAUUAUUGGGAUUAUGCGGGCUGGAAAGAUCCGUAUAGCAGUAGUCAAUGGACCGUGCGACAAAAGGCGUAUGUGGAGUCCUUGAAUUUGGAUACUAUGUUUACACCUCAGAUAGUUGUUCAAGGAAGAGAUCAAUGUCUGGGGGAUGAUGAGGAUGCCAUGUUGUCUUGCAUUGCUUCUGCUGCUAGAGACCCUGCACUGGCGUUUCAGGCAACAUAUCGAAGGCAAUCAGAUGAUUCCCUACAAGUUAAUCUAACAGGAUCUUUGAGGAGCAAAAUGGAUAGCCAAUCUGCUGAUAUUAUGGUCGCACUAUACGAGAGUGGAUUGGUGAACGACUGUCCAGAUGGAGCAAACAAAGGUCGCGUUCUGGCAAAUGAUUAUGUCGUUAGACGUCUCCAAAAGCUCACUUCUGUUCAGGAUAUCUCGGUUAAGAAGAAAGUAUCAGGGACUCUUGACUUCACUCUAUGGGAAGGCUUUAGGAGCGGCAAAUGUGGCAUCACUCUCUUUCUGCAAAAUAGUUCUCAGCAAAUAUUUGGUGCACAAAACUUUAAGCUUCCGGAUAAUCUUUAAAUUUCGCUGGACUCUAAUGUUGUGUUUGGUUGGGGAGAAUGGAAUGGAAUGAAAUAAAAUAAGUAAAAAUAUUUGAAAUUAAUAGAGGUAGGAAGAAAGUUUUGAAGAAAAUUUGAGGGAGUGCAAAAUUGCUAUAAUAAGAUUUGUGAAGAAAUUGAGAAUAGGAGAGAAUGGAGCAUUCCAUCUCAUAUUGAAGGUGUGAUAUCUAGCACAUGAGGUAAAGAAUUGAAUGGAAGAAAGAAUGAAAUUUCUUAACAAUUAUCCAUAAUAUAGUUCAUUUUUCAUUCCAUUCCUUCCGGAAUCAUUCAACCCAACCAAACACAACAUAAGUUUCUACUGCAACAUUUCUUAGCCAAUUCAGACCGAGAAAAGCUAGAACUUUGUUUUCGAUGAUCUAGUCCGGGACCAGGUUUAGGUACAGUGUGUCAGAAUCUGGUGUGUAAACCUUUUCUUUUUGUUUUUGUUUGAUGAGUAUGGAUUUUUAGGGGAUGAACUGGAGAUAGAAUAUUAUACUUUCUUGUUAGCGUCA